AUGGACACGGAAUUAACGGCGACAUUGUACCUACCGAACAUUAGUUAUUCUUUACUGGCUAUAAUCAUUGCCAUGCUUAUCACACUACAUUAUUACAUUGAGACUAGGCAUGUGAUACGACUUUCAUUGAAGUUACCACAUCCACCACGCAUACCUAUUAUUGGUCACCUCCUGAUAACAUUAAAAAUAAAUUCCGAAGAUGCACUAAUCUGUUUUGUUAAACUUUGCGCUAAAUAUGGCUCAGUGUUAUCAUUAUUUUAUGGAACACGAGCCUUUAUCUUCUUAACAGAUCCGCAAGAUAUAGAGGUUAUUUUAAAUAACCCAGAACACAUCGACAAGCCCGCAGAAUAUAGAUGCUUUAAACCAUGGCUCGGAGAUAGCAUACUGUUCAAUAACGGUGCCAAGUGGCUAAAAGAAAGACAAACGAUUUUAGCCACAUUUCGCAUGCAGAUCUUGAGGAAAUGCGUGCCGUUAUUUUAUGAGAACAGCCAAGAUCUGGUAAGACGACUUGCGCAAAAUAUCAACGAGCGAUUUAAUUGCCAUGAACAUUUAUCAGUCGCAACUUUUAAUAUGUUGGUGGAAGCGGAAAUGGGGAUAAGUAGAAAAAAGAUUGAAGACAUCAGUUUUAAUUAUACGACGGCCGUGAUAAAACUGAGCGAGAUUGUGCAUAAACGACAGAUCGACAUGUCAUUACAAUCAGAUCUGUUGUUCCGUUUUUCGAAAUUCGCCAAGCUGCAGCAAGAGCUGCUCCACACCGUCCACUCAGCGGCGAGGUUAGUGAUCCAAGAGAAAUGGAAGGACAUCGAAGAAAAGCAGUUUAAAAAUAAACAUCAAAUCGAAGCUGAAAAUUUAACCGAGAACGCAGAAAACGGUAUCAACACGAUCAAUUACAAGAUGCAUUAUGCGAGAGAUGAUCUGGACGAUAUCGAGAAUGUUGAUAUGAGCGAGAAAAAGCAACUGCAUUUCUUAGAGAUGUUGAUGGACAUGAGAAAGAACGGAGAAAUGACCGACAAGGAGAUUUUGAAUUUUGUCAACUCGAUCUUGUUCGCGGCCCACGAGACAAUAGCAGCUGCUUCGAGUUUCGUGCUUUGUACAUUGGGAUGUCUUCCGGAAAUCCAGGCACGUGUGCACGAUGAAUUGGACUCAAUAUUUUAUGACAGCGACAGGGAGUGUACUUUCCAAGACACGAUAAAUAUGAAGUAUCUGGAUAGAGUUAUUUUGGAAACAUUGAGGCUCUUUCCUGUAGUACCACUAUUCGGUAGGAAGCUUAAUAAGGACGCAAGAAUAGGCAAUUACGUUCUACCAAAAGAUGCUAUUAUUUUAAUAUUUCCAGUCGUGUCACAUCGCACAGAAAAAUAUUAUCCAAAUCCAUUAGUUUUUAAUCCGGACAAUUUCCUGCCGGAUAACAUGCGGCAGAGAAAUAGCUACGCUUACAUUCCCUUCAGCGCUGGUCCGAGGUCGUGCUUGGGACGAAAAUAUUCUAUGUUGACAUUGAAGGUUUUAUUAUCGACACUAUUGAGGAAUUAUCGCAUUACUUCUGAUGUGUCA